CUUCUUUAAUAACUUCAGAGUUCAUGCUUGUGUUUUGAAGCUCGUGUGCGCCGUCUGGUCUGUGAGGUUCACUCAGUGCCGUGAUGAACAGCUGUGGGAGACUAGCGCGUGUGUUUGACCGGCGCUCCGGCCUGGAUGUGCUCUUCUGUCUGGCCAAACCCCGGACAACCUGCCGCCAGUGUCCGCAGACAACACCGCCCCUCGCCCGGGGUCAGAGCACCGCUGCCAACCACACUCCAGGCUCCGACGCAGAUGACAAACCCCGUGUUAGAGCCGUUGACCUGGCCCGUAAGAUCCGAGGAGAGAAGUCGAAGACCCGAGAGACAGCGCCUCCCAUGUCUGCCCAGCAGAGGAGGGUGAUGGAGCUGAAACGGUUCAGUGUACAGUUACAAAAUGUGCACCCCAACGUGCUCGCCAAACACCUCCACAGAAGCGUGCUGUACCAGGACAAGGAUGUAGUGAUCGUCAACAAACCCUACGGCAUCCCUGUGGCAGAUGACUCCGACGUCACAUCCAUCACCUCUGUGCUUCCUGUUCUCUCAAAAAUGAUGGAUGGGAUGAAGAUCAAGUCUGAUUCUCAGCUCAUUCCCUGUCUGGGUCUAGAAAAGGACUCAACGGGAACUCUCCUGCUGGCCAGGAGGGAUGAAGUGGUGGAGCACGUACUCGCUCUGAAUAGAAAUAACAAAGUGGAGAGGAAGUACUGGGUUAUCACGGUUGGUGUUCCUGUGCCAUCUGAAGGUCUGAUUGAUAUUCCCAUCAUAGAGAGAGAGGUCACAGGUCCUCAGCCACACUACAAGAUGGCUCUGAGUCCUCUUUACAGACUGAACGAUGAAGGUGAUGGUGUAACCAAAGUCCGAAGUCAUCGCCAAGCUCAUCCAGCAUUGACCAAGUACAGAGUCCUGGACAGCAGCAGUGGUUGCAGCCUUGUGGAACUCCAGCCUUUUACAGGAGUGAAGCACCAGAUGAGGGUUCAUAUGGCCUUUGCUCUCGGGUGUCCCAUUCUUGGUGACCACAAAUAUUCCCACUGGAGCAAACUGGCACCACAGAAAUUACCAGAACGUGUGUUGGGAAAACUUGGGAUUGAACAGAGCAAGGUUCGGCACCUCCCCCUUCAUUUACAUGCACGACAGCUGACGCUGCCAGGAAGCAGCCAAGCUGACGUCAACGUGUCCUGCCCGCUACCGAAAUACUUCACCCAAACACUGGGCCGACUGCAUAUAACUCUCCCAGAUGAAAAACAAACGUGAUCAUCUCCUUGCUUUGUUCAGCGUUUAACAGUCCAACCCUGUUAAAUGUAAUUUAAAUGUGGAAUAGAACAUCAGGAUGUGUAACUACAGCGCCGAUACGUGUGAUAGUGGACAGAUGUGGAACAGAAUGUGUUAAUUAUUAAAAACUGAUGCUAUGGAACUGAA